AUGUUACUUUUCCUUUCUUGUAAAAUCCUUUGCAUUGGCCUGCAAAGAGUGAAAGGUUCGCACACCCAUGAUGUCCUAGCCACGCAGCUCAACUCCAUCCUGAGAGAGUACAAGAUCCAGAACAAAGUUGUUCGCAUUGUGACGGACAACGCAUCAAACUUCGUGAAAGCUUUCAGGGUGUUUGGUCAGGAUCAGUCACCAGAAGACUCAGACAGUGAUGAGGAAGAGGAGAACAUCACUUCUGUGGAGUUCCUGCCAGGGGAAUCAACAUCUGUUGUACUGCCCCCUCACCAGCGUUGUGCGGCCCACACGCUUAACCUGGUCGCAAGCAAGGACAGUGAGGCUGCCCUUCAGGACGGUGCAUUCCGAACUGCCAGCAGAUCCCUGUUUGCAAAAGCUCAAGCUGUCUGGAAUAAGCAGUCCAGAGUUGUGUCUGCUGCAGAGAGCAUUCAAGAGGCUACGGGACGGCAGAUGAUCAUUCCAAACCAAACCCGCUGGAAUUCUACGUAUGAUGCCGUCCAAUGCCUUCAAGACCUCACGGCUGAGCAGCUGACCAAGUUAGCAGAUGCCCUUGGCCUCCCAAGGUUUACCCCAGAGACCAGCUCUUCAUGAAAGAGUUUGUUAUGGUGAUGGGGCCUCUUGCCAGAUGCCUCAACUACUUGCAGGGCGAGAAGUGCGUGGGCUUGGGACACCUCCUGCCUCAGCUCAACACCCUCAAGAUCCGCAUCGAGCAACAGAAGUCCAAGCUAGAAAUCUGUGGUCCCCUGGCUACUGCUGUCCUGAAUGGGUUGGAGAC